AUGACGAGCAGCACGGUGUACAACGAGUCGAGGAUGAUGGCAACGUCAUCGGAGUUCAACGACACGGACGACGACGGGACCAUGAUGCUCUCGAACGAGAGCUUCAACGUGAACAUCACCACCGCGAUGCUAUGGUACAUAUACGAACAGUUCCACGGGGAGACCAAUUACUUGUUGAUCGUCCUCUACGUGCCCCUGAUCGCGCUCGCUGUCACGGCCAAUGUCCUCGUCAUCGCGGUCGUUUUCAAGUACCACUACAUGCGAAGCGUCACGAAUUAUUUCGUGGUGAACCUGUCCGUGGCGGAUCUUCUGGUGACCACGAUUUGCAUGCCAGUGGCGGUCAGUCAGGCAUUCUCGGUGGUGUGGAAUCAUGGGGAGCUUAUGUGCAAACUAUCCGCUUAUCUUCAGGGUGUUGCCGUAGCCGCUUCGGUUUUCACCAUUACCGCGAUGAGCAUCGACAGAUACCUGGCGAUAAGGAGCCCUAUAGCGUUUCGACGUGUAUUCAAUCGCAAGAGCACCGUCCUCGUUAUCGUGGCCCUUUGGUUGGUCGCUUUAAUCAUCUUUGCUCCCGUCUGGAGAGUGAUGACCCUCAAGAGCCCCGGCCGGGAACUCGGUAACAUACCGCUCCUCGAAUCCUGGACGGCGAUGGGGAAUUUUUCACAGAAUAUCUCACGGUUGCCACCUGCCUUCUCCAUUUGCUACGAGGAUUUCAAGCCUCUGGGCAUUCACGCGCAUCUUUUCGGGGCUGUCUGUUUCCUGUUGGUAUACGCGAUCCCUGGUUUCGUCGUGAUACUGUCCUACUCGAUGAUGGGCAGAACAUUGUGCGCCCGGACACCGCCGUUCGAUUCCGACAGCGUCGAAGGAAGCGCGAGUUCGCAACAGAGCUUCCGUCUGGUACGUGAGAGAAAGCGAAUCGCUUGGAUAUUGCUGCUUCUGGCGGUGCUCUUUGCUCUUUGCUGGCUGCCGUACAACGUUCUAAUGCUGCUGAUCGACUUUGGCGCAGUCGGGGACGGGAUGGAGACCACCGAUGCAGUGUCCUAUUGCCUGUUUCUGGGACACGCGAACAGCGCCCUGAAUCCUGUCGUCUACUGCUUCAUGACACGAAAUUUUCGGCGUAGCGUCGCCGAGAUCCUUUGUCAGGGUGGUCCCCACGGGCUGGCGCGUCGGAGACCACGUCGCAGAAGUGUUCAAGGAACCGCCGUGAUCGAUGACGUGUGCGCAGGGUGCAGUACUGCCGGCGGCUCGGUGAGACGUGGAUUGCUACGCAAACGACGAAUGUCGACCGGAUGUGGAUGCGGUCUGCCGAUCGGCGCUGGUCAUCACGCGGUUCUGGCGUUACGGCGAACGGCGACGUCGAGCAGCGGAUACGAAAGUGUCUACAGCAAGCACAGUCUUCAUCGUCGAUGCUACAUGCUGCGCAGCCUUCGUGGAAGGCCUCAAACCCCGAUCGAACGGGUUCCAAGCACGGUCAAACGGAAUCAGAAAACCUGUUACGAGAAGAACGACCCGGAAGCCGGUCAACCUCGUGUCAACAUAUUGGUCACCACGGACGAUCAACGUUCUUGAACGAAUUGGUCGCAGGCUGAUCGAGAUUUUCGCUAUAGACAUUGUGAAUUUAGUGUUCUCACGCAUUCGAUGUACAUAA